UAUUGAAAUGUUUAUUCAAGUCAUGUAGUAUACUCUUUUCACUUUGUUUUGUUUACCAAUUUAAAGAUUAGAUUGAGGGGUCAUUAUGGAGUUUUUGCAUUAAGGCUUAACUAUGAUUUCAAAAUAUCAAUGAUUUUUUUUAUGCUUUUACUUUUAAAUAACAUUAAAAGCAAACCCAUGUACAGGUGUUUUUAUACCUAUAUUGUUCACUGAUUUCCCCCCAAAAGCACUAACUCAGUUCAGUGCAAGCUUUUGAAAAUAAAAACCUUAAAGAUAGUGAUAGUGCCAACAUAUGCAUCUAUUGCAGAUCCUCUGUUUCCAUCCAAUGCUAUAAUUUUAUUUAAUAUUUGUAUUUUGAUGUUCUACUAAAUGUAGUGUUUGUAGAUGCAAAUAUUCUUCAAUUGGAGCUAAACACAAAGCUACCUGAUCUCAACAUUUUGUGUAGCUUGCAUGGAGCCAUGGAAAAGAAGGAGCAGUGAAUAUACACUAGAAAUAUUAAAUUUCUUGUUAAAUUUUGAGAACCGAGUGGUUCAACAAUUGAGACAAGAAUUAUUAAAGAAGUCAAGUGGAAUCAAGAUUUUACCAAAAAGUGAAGGAAUUCCAAAUGGUGACCACACAUCACCUCUGAAAAUAUCCAACAUAAAAGUCAAGCAGGAGCCCACAGAUGACAUACUGAAACCAGUGUCUAGAUCUUCUAAUAACCUGCUGAGUAUUAAACCCAAGCCAUCCCCUGUCCUUAUCAUGUCAAGUCAGAGUGGCACAUCAUUCAUAGUGCGCUGCCCUACCAGCCCAUAUCAAAAGAGCUCACUGCAAUCCCCUAACAUGAACAUGGUCCCAGCAACCAACACAUCACCAUCCCAUGCUGCAACCCUAGUGCCUUCAAGCAAAGCCUCUGGACAGCCCCUUACAACUAAUUUUCCUACCAUAUUACCACGCCCACCAAGUGCAGACAAGAUCAUGAAUAAAACUCCUAAACCUCUUGAGCCAGAGAAAUUAGAAUUCAUGGCAGCAUUAGGCUUGAUCACACCUCAAACCCUUAUAGAUAUUCAAGCAAAGCGCCAAGAGAGAAAAAGACGAAGUAAUUGUAUGUCACCUCAAAAUGCACUGGACAUCGAACCAGAUAGCAAGAGGGCUAACCGAAUGUUGAUAUUGCCAACAAUGAAGAGAGGAAGAGGGCGCCCACCAAAGUUCCAGCAGAGUGGUCCUGCGUCACCCAAGACAAUAUCACCUCUUGUAAAUGGAUAUGCUGAUAAUGGAAGGGCAAACAGGUUACGCUACAGGCGCUUCGUCACACCUGAAUCCCCUGCAGACGAGGACGAUGAUCAUGAAGAUGCGUGCUCUGAGUGCAAAGCAAGUGGAGAGCUGUUGAUGUGUGACACAUGUACAUUGGUGUACCACCUGUCCUGCCUGGACCCACCCCUCACCACCAUACCGACAGGCAUGUGGAUAUGUCCCAAGUGCAAGGAAACUGCAUCUAAAAGUGAUACCGUCCCAUGGCCUGGUAUGCUUGCUGUGGUGCAGUCUUACAUGGCUCAUAAAACAGCCAAAGAAGAGGAGAGAAACACAUUACUUAAGCGGAGUGAGGAACUUAAAGCAGAGCGUAUUGAGCUGGAAGCCAAGGCAAAAAGCCUGAGUAACUCCAUCAUGGAACAAAUGCAAGCAAAAAGUGCCCUCACAGCCUCAAAUAAAACAGCCAAGAAUUCUGUGGAUAGAUUAACACGGUUUAUUGAACUAGUGCAAAGCUUAUGACAGAAUACCAUGGAUACAUGAUAUAAUAAUUAUUGCUGUGUAUAUUUAUUUGCUGAUGCACUGUCAGCUAAUUGUUCUGGUUACUGUUUUCUAUGUGGAAUGUACUGCUAUAAAUGAUAUGAAAAAUGUAAAUAUGAAUUCUAGGCGAUUUUAGGACCAAAUGCCUACCUAGGGGUAGGUUGUAUAAAGAACUGCAUAGCUAUUCGCCCCUCUUUUCUAAUCCAAACAUUUAAAAAUCGCAACAUUGUUGCUAUUCAGCUGUUAAGGGUUAAUAGCUCCUGGUAUAUGCAGUCUGUAAAAACGAGGGAAGAUGGAUCAUAACUCCCAGAUACAUAUACAUAAGUGCAUGAGAUACCAUUGCAUGUUAUGUAAAUACUAUGCCAUCAAAUUAACUACAGGAAACAGUUAAGGCUGGUAGGAUUACUUAAUUCUUUUUUAGCUUGAUCUCAAAAUAUAGCAGAAGUUUUUUUUUAUGAGAAUUGCUUUUUGGAACAUUAACAGUUGCCAUAUCAAGUUUCCUCUGGCCAUCUAAACUUUUAGACUCUGAUUCCUCCAAGCAGAAGACAAAGAGAACUAUGUGGGAGGAAGAUUGACGUGAGAUUUGGCAUAGCAAACCACACGGGAAGCGUGCAACGUUGCCCCUUUAAUUUAGGGUGGGUGUUAGAGGAAAACUUCUGAGGCAACGCAAUCACCCCCUAUGAAGUCCUACUAUUACUUCUCCGCGAAUGAAUACUGUAUGCUUGUUGUUGUUUCGGUACAGGCAGAGUUGUGAUAUCAAGUCACCAUCAGCUGCUGUUAUAAAACUGGUUUAUUUGAUUAAAAAUGCACAAAUACUUA